AUGGGAGCUUCUGUCUCCCUUGGGAGAACUCCUUCAUGCCAGAAGCGCAGUGCUGCCUCCCCUGAGAAUUCAGAGCUACCUGCAGGCCCUUCCAGGACAAGUCCAGAUCCUCAAGGGCGUGAAGCUUCCCCAGCACGUGCCAAGAAAGUCUUUGCUCCACCUGCACUUGGGGUUUCAUCAGGCAAGCCAGGCACACACAAAUUUCAAUUCCAGCCACAGCUCAUCACUCCACCAUUUCCUGCGCACCAUCAAAGCACUUCUGUGGCCUCUCCAAAGAGCAGCAGCUGCACUUCUCCAGAGCAGCACUUGCCAGCCAACAUCCCAUCAGCCGCCCCGGGCACUUCAGUCCCCAGUGCUCCAGCUGGCAGUGCUGGUUAUGCAGCAUGGAGAGCCCCAAGCUGGGUAUGGAGUACUCCUGGGGAAGAGGAAUUGCCACCACUGGAUCUGGACCUUGUUCUGGAGACACUGGAGGAGAUGCUUUCACCAUCUGUGCCUGAAAGGUCUCCCUCUGCUCAGGUCAAUCCUAGUGUUGCCCGUGGCUCUUCAGGAGGGGAGGCUGUGAACAAGGCUGCAGCAGAGGGAGCUUUGCCUGCUUGCGGGAGCUGUGUGAACGUUUGCCAGGAGCCCGAGGAGCUUGAUAUCCAUCUGAUCUACCUUGCCCGAAGGGCUGCCCUGCGUGGGAAGAAGGACCAGAGGGAGAGCCUGUGA